AUUCAGAGAUGAAAUGUGACCCUUUAUAAUCAAGUAUGGGCAAACUUCGGCCUGGUAGGCUGUUAGGAAAUGUGGGAGUUGAAGUUCAAAACACCUGGAGGGCCGAAGUUUGCCCAUACUUGCAUCAUAAUAUAAUGAGGAAGAGGCCAUAGUUCUGUGUCAGAGCCAAUAUUUACAUACAGAACAUUCUUGAUACGUAACUCUGGUGCCUCAAGGAAAACUCUUAGAGGAAGGAACCACUACUCAUUCAGAUAUUACUGGACUCCAAAUUCAGUCCAUCUGGAGAUGCUACAGGGUCCCCAACUCUGUAUCAAAGAACAUCUGUUUCUUCGUAUAUCAUGUUUCAAUAAUGUCAAGGGAUCUUUUCUUUUCAGCAGAUAGGAAGGUUUGGACACUGGUUGCCCAGUGACAUGCAAAGUUCUAGAAUUCCCACAGUCAUUCACUUUAUGGCAGUUGAAGGACAGCAUUCUCUCCUAAUCCAAGCAAGCUGUCUUCUUACUUCAAGAUGCAUCCCCUGUUCUCUCUGCUACUCCCCUUGUGUUCAGUCUUUUCUCAGUAUGCAGGAGCAAUGUGUCCUUAUUUAUUAUUACCACCAUUGUUUUUCAUCUGCUCUGACCAAGAAAACCAUAUUUAUCAGCAGCAAGACAACAAACACCAGACUUCACAUUUAUGGGGCAGGAUUACUAAAACGUAUUAUGUAAGAACUGCAGGGUUUAUUUCAAGAACUGGGAAGCAACAGGCAGAACUGCCAUCUUUCUGCUGCUGGUACUGGAGCUCUCCUUUUACCGGCUACUGCAACAAACAUAAAACAGACUAUGAAAUCAUGAACCUAAGCGAAAAUGGGAAAUGCCACCCAGAACAGUUAGAUUUGAAAUGGACAGCAUCCAAAGAUCCAGUUCAAACAGUGCAACCCAAAAUACUUCAGAAAAAUACUGUUUAUUACGAGUAUUUUCACCUGGUUGUUAGAAAAGAAAGCCACUUAGCACAUGCAAACCAAAUGGUACAGGUACGGCUUAUCCCUGCUCUUUUGCUGAACAACACAUACAUUGAAAAAUGUGGGAUAGCAGUAAUACCAACAGAAAUAUUUCCAGUGGUAAUACCUUCCAAGCAGUAUGCUUUGACAGCACACAUUGAAGUGUGUGAUGUCCAUGGAGCAUAUAACCAUAUAACUUUACAGACAAAAGUAUAUGACCCAUCAAAAGGCCAGCGAACAGAGGUAUUUCUGAAUGAAUUACAAAGUUUGAUUAGUGGACCAACAGAUCCAAUAACAGCUGUUGUGAAAAGUAGGGAUUACUUUAGGGCACUUGAUGUCAUCUACAUAGUGGCUUCUAUUUUAAAUGAUAUAGAAGUUACACAAAGAUUACAUUCCGCGAAGACUGAGCUGCGGGAACUCCUUCUAAAUAGGUCUGCAGGAAUUCCUACUACAAGUGUAACGGGAGCAAAUCAAAUGAUCUCAAAUAUUUUUCAAAUAACACAUGAAGUUGCAGAGAUAAACAGAAAAUCACAACUACUUGCAAUGAAAAAAAUCAAAGAAGUUAUCGAAGAACUGAAAAAGCAUGGCAACAAAGAUUUGGGAUUGAAAGGAAGAGAGAUGCUUGGCAAUGCUAUUCUUGAAGGACUGUCCAAUGUACAGAAAGCAUCUUUGUUAGAAGGUGGAAAUAUCCACAUAAAUGGGGUUAAGGAAACCAUUUAUAUGACCGAGAUAUUAGCAGAUCUAGUCUUAGAAGGUAAAAUUCCAGAAGAAAAUGAAACUAUUAUGGAAGCCAAAGACUGGACUAUCACAUUAAGAAAAAAUGAAAAAGGAGGUAUUUCUGAUCCAUCCUCCAGGAGAAGAGAUGGCAAGAACUACUUUUACUUCAAAAUGAAACAAGAGGAUAGUGAUGAAUUAACAAGAGAUGCUGUAGUUUCCACGAUUCUUUAUGAGUUUGAUAAUAACCCUUUUCCUUGGUUGCCGUACGCCAGUGAUAUCAACACAAUGAUAACUGGAUUCAAGAUGACAGGAACCAAAUAUAAUGGUGACAGGAUUGGGAUCGUGCCUGAUGUUGCUGAAAUGAUCAUGACUAGAAAAGACGAGAAAAGGAAUGCCACUUUUCAGGUCAUGAUCAGACAUGAUAAAAAACUCCCUAAAGCCACUGGAGAAUUUAGUGUUGAAGUACUUAGGCAAUCCAAAAACAUUUUUAUUCAGAUUGUGACAAAUAAGAAAACUGUUUUCCAGGUCUUCAUAUAUCCGGGUCACAAGGUCAGCUAUGAUCCCAUAGCUUUUUUCAGUGUUUCCUAUAAUAAGACGUCAGUGCCAAUGGGAAAGUAUUCUAGUGAUGGUGACUGUGCAUUUAAGGCCCCUUAUAUAGUUUGUCUUUCCCAGAUAUUGCUCAGAUCCAUAUUCCAAGACAGCAGAGCAGACAAACUGAACAUUUCUGUGGUUUUACAGUCAGACCCAUGGGACAGAGAUACUCAACUUGUGGACGUUCGGCUUUUUACUGUUGAGUGUUUGUACCUGGAUGGAGUUGAAAGUCAUUGGAAAGAAGGCUUCUGCACUCUUGGUCCUCAGACCAGCUGGCAAAAGGUGCACUGCAUCUGCACAGGAAAAAGACGUGUUUCACGGUCUGCAAACCCUCAACUAAGAACAGCCUUCAGCCACAGUCCCACAUUUUUGGCUGGGAAAAUAAAAUAUUCAAACCCAGUAAACGUAGGAAAGAGCCAGUCAACUCAAAUACACCAAAAUCUAGUGAUACUGCUAACACUCCUUUUCAUAUUUUUAUUAUUCAUUGUUUUGGCUAUUUGGGCCAUGAGAAAAGACAGGGCUGAUAUAAACAGCGUUGAGCAUGUUAUAGUCUUGCCAGACAACGACCCCUUUGAUAAAGUGUGCUAUCUGGUCACGGUAUACACCGGCAGCCGUUUGGGAGCAGGAACGACCGCUGAUGUUUUUAUUCAGCUGACAGGAGAAAGAGCCGUCAGCGAUGUACAUUGCUUAAGACACCCCGAACACUUUACUUUUUUCCGUGGGGCCGUCAAUACUUUUCUUGUGACUAGUAAAAUUGACCUAGGAGAAAUUUAUUGUUUUAGAGUCUGGCACAAUAAUGAGGGUUCUUCCCCAAACUGGUUCUUGAGCAGAAUUAAGGUGGAAAACAUAUACACAAAAAAGUCUUGGAUGUUCAUUUGCCGGAAAUGGUUUGCACUUGAUAAAGAUGAUGGCUUAAUAGAUAGGUCAUUUAUUGUUGCUCACCCGAAAGCACCUUUACACAAACUUGAUUUUUUCAUGAUAGACUUUGCUAAUACUGUGGCAGACAACCACUUAUGGCUCUCCAUCUUUGCUCAUGUGUGUACUGGUUCUCUGAACAGGCUUCAUCGAUUGUUUGCUUGUUUAACAAUAUUGUUAUGCAUCCUGUUUGUCAAUAUUAUGUUUUUUAGUGCUGAUGAGGAACGGCAAAUGUUUUCUGAACAUAUACAAUAUUUGAGACCUAUCUUAAUUGGGGUUCAAGGGGCUUUUAUUUCCAUCCCUUUGCAAAUGAUUGUAACAGCUUUUUUCAAAUAUUCUCAGGAGGAGCCUUCAGUACAGAGCACAACUCAUGCACUGCCUGCACAAUAUUCCACUUUCAUGUUUGGAAAUCUUAGUAACUGGAAGGAGUGCCUGCAGAAAUGGUACCUUAUAGAAACUGCUUCAAAAGACUUGGGAGAUCAUUUGCAGGAAUUCCCUCCCAAGGCCUUAGACUCACCGAAACAAGAACAAUCAAAAACGAUAACAUGGCGACACACAUCUAAAAAUUGGACCAACUGCACAAUUCCGGAGGGUGAUGCAAAUGUAAUUGCAAUAGAAGAUGACAUGUCACAAGGUGCUAAGACCAACAACAAUGUAAACAAUAAUUAUCUAGAGAAGCACAAAUCAUAUCUUCAAACUAGGUCACCUAAUAUUGCCAACAUGGUGUUCUGUCUAAGGCCGCAAAUCAAAGUAUCCUGGUGGAAUAGAUAUGUUUUGUGGAUAUUUGUUUUGGUCACUUCUACAUUAUCAUCAUUUUUUAUCCUACUACAUGGUCUGACCUUUGACUAUGAAGCUUCGGUAGAGUGGUUAGUGGCCUCUGUUAUUUCACUAUGGGUGAAUGUGUUUUUGCUUCAAAUUAUGAAUAUAGCUAUUUUUUCAUCCUUGAAGACACUCUAUCCUAAAAACUGUAAAAGCCUUCAGUGGUCAAGCAAAGCGGCCUACUUAGAGAUUAAACUCAGUGACAUAAAUAUGGAUGCUGAUGAUAUGCGUGAAUUACAUUACGAUUUAGUAAGAAUGAGGGGCACCAAGCAGUAUCAUUCCUUGGAAGAGGAUGAAAUCACUAUUUUUAAGAAAAGACAGAAAAUUCAACGUCAAGCAUUUGUUUUCAUAAAGGAUGUUGUAUGCCAUUUCGUCUUUCUGAUCCUUAUUUUAAACAUUGCUUACUCAAUGGAAAACACCACCAGUUUUUAUUACAAUCAGGAUAUUCAUAAUAAAUUUUCUAAUGGGCUCUCACGUGUCAAUAAAGUGGAGGACAUUUACACCUGGUUAAGAAAAGUCUUUCUGCCCUUGAUUCACAAUGACGAUCAACCAACCUAUCUUUCUGAGACUUGGUCCAAAAUCCUUGGUGUACCCAGAAUGCGACAAGUAAGGGCAAAAAUUACGAAAAAAGCAUGUUUCUAUCAACAAAGUUUUGUACAUAAAUUUGUGAUUAGUAAAAGCCAUUGUCUUCAUAAAUAUGGUAUUGACGAAGAAAAUCAAAGAGACCAUCUUGGGUCCUGGACACUCCCAGCUGAUAAACCUGUUUUGAAUAAUUUCACCAAUAUUUCAGGCUUCACGUAUCAAUCGGUCACUGAACGAUGGAAAUAUAGCUCAUAUGGAGAACUAAACACAUAUGGAGCAGGAGGGUAUACUUUUAAUUUUUACUCAGAAGAAAAUUUGCGGAAUUCAACAAAAAGAAUUGAUUUUUUAGAAGAGAGCAGUUGGCUUGAUGAAAAUACCUGGGCACUAAUAGUUGAGAUGACAACUUUUAAUUCAGAUGUAGACUUAUUUUGCAGUAUAUCAGUUAUAUUUGAGCUUUCUUAUUUGGGCCCUAUUAACACAACCUUGUGGAUCCAUUCAUACAAACUGCCUGUCUUCAAGGAGCUAAGCAAGACAGAAAAAUUUGUUUAUGUAGCUGUUGGCUAUAUGCUUGUCUUUUAUAUUAUUGAUGAAUGUUAUGUGGUGGAACGACAAAGGCUAAAAUACAUAAAAACUGUCUCAAAUUUAAUUAAUUUGGGAAUAAAGGGUGUGUGCUUGUUCUUUCUCUUGCAACUUGGAUUCAAAUUUGAGCUGGCUUCUGACUUAUCUGAGUUGCAUUUACUUCAGCCAGAUGAAUUCAUUCCAUUUCACAGGGUUUCUCAUGUUGAUAGAACACUGCGGAUAACAUUGGGGUUUUUGGCUUUCCUGAUUGUUUUGAAAACCCUUCGGUAUUCCCGAUUCUUUUAUGAUGUGCGUUUGGCUCAACGAUCCAUCUUAGCAGCCCUUCCUGGUAUCUGUUCCAUGGCUUUAGUGGUGGCGGUGUACUUUUUUGUUUACAUGACCUUUGGCUACCUGGUAUUUGGCCAGUAUGAAUGGAACUACAAUACCAUGACUCAUUCUGCUCAGACUGUGUUCUCAUAUUGUGUUUCAGCUUUUAAAGACACUGCCUUUGAGUCCAACCGGGUGCUGGGGGGUCUUUUUCUAGCUACAUUCAUGAUGGUAAUGAUCUGUGUCUUGAUCAAUUUAUUUCAAGCUGUGAUUAUGUCUGCUUAUGAGGACAUGAAGCAGCCUGUCUAUGAAGAACCUUCUGAUGAAGCAGAGGUGGUAAAUUAUCUGUUUAAUAAGGUUCGCAGAAUAUGUUUUUUUAUAACCUGCAAAAAAGCAUCUACGGCUGAUACAGAACUUUUCAAUCGAGUUCUGUUUGGGCAUCCAGAGAGAAGAAAUAAGCACCACCUGGGCCUCAAAGCCAGAAAAGUAAAUGGCCGUAAAAUAGUUUAUCUUGUCAUAUAAUUCUUGGUUGUCUUAUAACUCUUCUAUGCAGCUGAAUAAAAAGAACAAAAGCUGGAAUUAAAAAAAAAACACUGCCCAAAUUAUUAAUCAAUGCAAAUCGACUGCAGCUGCAAGCUUAAGAGUGAACGUAUAGUUUAAUAUGUACAAGCUGCUUUGUUUAUGUUGCUUUGCUAUUUUAUGGUGUAAUGUCUGGGCAAAUCGGUUACAAAGUCUUGUAUGAACAUUCCACUGCCAGGAAAGAAUACUAUUGUGGAAUAAAACACAUUUUGUACA